CUAUGAAUCAAAAAUCGAAAUCUUCGUCUUCUAGCUCUGACCAUGACUCCGAGCCGUGGCUCGCUCCGGGCGUUCUCGCCGGAUCCUCGGCAGCGGCGGCGGCGGCGGCUUAUGCGGUGAUAUCGACGCGCCAAUCAUGGCGGUUUCGGAGGCAAGUGCUGGGAAUCAUACCAGCUCGUUUUGCUUCGUCUAGAUUUCCAGGAAAACCUCUCGUUCCAAUCCUUGGCAAGCCCAUGAUUCAGAGAACAUGGGAAAGAGCAAAACUUGCAGCCACACUAAACAAACUUGUUGUAGCUACAGAUGAUCAGAAAAUAGCUGAAUGUUGUUCAGCAUUUGGAGCUGAUGUGUUAAUGACAUCUGAAUCUUGCAAAAACGGAACUGAACGCUGCAAUGAAGCACUCCAAAGGCUCCAGAGGAAAUUUGACAUUGUUGUCAACAUACAAGGUGAUGAGCCUCUAAUAGAGCCUGAGAUAAUAGAUGGGGUUGUUAAAGCCCUGCAGGCAGCCCCUGAUGCUGUAUUUAGCACUGCAGUUACCUCCUUGAAACCUGAAGAUGCACUCGACCCGAAUCGAGUAAAAUGUGUGGUCGACACUCGAGGCUACGCAAUCUAUUUCUCCAGGGGUUUGAUCCCAUAUAACAAGUCUGGCAAGGUCAAUCUAAACUUUCCGUAUUUGCUUCAUCUUGGCAUCCAGAGCUAUGAUGCAAAAUUCUUGAGAAAAUACCCGGAGCUUUCUUCCACUCCUUUACAAGAAGAAGAAGAUUUGGAGCAGCUUAAAAUCCUUGAGCAUGGGUACAAGAUGAAGGUGAUCAAGGUUGAUCAUGAAGCUCAUGGAGUUGAUACUCCAGAAGAUGUGGACAAGAUAGAAUCUUUGAUGCGGCAAAAGAAUUUAUCUUAGUACAACUAUCUGCGGUUCAAUUAUACCAUCAAAGUUAUGCU